AUGUUUUUCUCCUUUACGUUCAGCCUUCCCACUCCAUUCGCGAAUCCGUUCGAUGCAUCAACAGCAGACCCUGGACAGCUCGACUAUUCGUCUCCAGAGCGCACACGACGUCUAGGGCCGAGGCCAGCCCGUCCAAAUGUCAACACCACACCAGAACGCUCCGCCAACAUCAGCCGGAAACGCGGUCGAUGGUCCCCCGAAGCAAAAGCCGGCCCUUCAUCAGUGCUUGACUUGACAAGCACAGCCUCUGCGUACAUAGACUCGCCCGCACGUUAUGUGGAUUUUAGCGAGCAACGUGACGAGCCAGAAGAAGCGGCUGAGAUUCGAGCACCCAAGCGCAGACGUAUAGCCGAACUGGCUGAUAGUGUUAUUUCCACGGCAUUUAGUGCAGCAGUCAUCGGUACUGCUGUCGGGCUCACGGCCUAUAGACUCUGGAGAGAUCGAGGCAAAGAUGGUCUCCCUAUCAACCCCGAACCCUCAACGAUCGAGAGCUUUCCUCCACCCCCUCCAUAUACACCACGUGUAGAGAGCGAGCAUCCAUCGACUGCAGGUCCUUCAUAUAUCCCUAUACCUUGCCCAGCCCCAACCACUCUCAAGAUGAAGAACAAUCUGAGUUCUGCGCCUGCCACCACUCCUCGUCGAAGAGCAAAUACCACCCGGCGCCAGCAUGUACACACUAGCGCUGCUCGCCGGAGACGUCCUGUCAACCCCGUCUUCCCUCGGAAUCAGAGCCCGGCUUCGUCACUCCGUCGGUCCACGGCUUACCAUACCGCACCCGAUUCGUCUCGCAGCACUCCAGCUCCAGCUCCCGUUCCUGUUUCCACUUCUGUUCCCGGUCCUUCCGUCGAUAAUGAGGACAUGGAGAUGUCCGGGCAUAUGGACUGGAUGUCAUCCCAGCUUCAGGCGCUUAUCAACGAAGGCAAACGCGCACUAGGGGCAGAGGUCGUCGUUGGUGGAGCCGAUGAAGUGGAUGACGGAGCAGAAGGCUGGACAUCUGCUGACGAAGACGGUAAACCUAAAUCAGCACAUUCUCGCGCCCAAAGUCGGGCUACCACACGCCCCGUGCUCGGUCGGUCAACGUCCCGCACGUCUAAACCCCGCCAUUCGAAUUCUUCCACUUCGCAUGCACGCAGCGGAUCGGCCUCGGGGUCGUCUUCGGUCAAGAAGUAUGAAGACGACGAAUUUGGUAUCGAAGUUCUGUAUCAGAGUCCCAUUCGCUCAGCCCCAUCUGCGACCGGGUUCCGUAACGAAGACGGGACGAGUGAACAGCUGCAAAUCGCAAUGGAACGUGUCCGCAAGGCUUACGGAUUGACCUAG